CAGAGCCAGCGCACCCAGACCCUGCGCUGCCCUCGGCCGGCCGCGCGCGGAGUCCCAGCUGCCCAGGCCGACGGCGCCCGGCCCCGAGAGCCUCGACGCCAAGCCGCCCGCGCCUCCUCGGCCGGGCCCAACGCGGGGAGCGGGGCGAGCGAGCAGGCGCGCCGCGGCCCGGGCGCCCCCGGCCUGGCGCCCUCGCCGCCGCGCCGCCUCAACGCCGCCUGCUCUCCGCAGGUGGCCGCGGGCCCGAGCGGUGCGGCCAUGGGCCGAGGGGUGCGCGUGCUUCUGCUGCUGGGCCUUCUGCACUGGGCCGGGGGCGGCGAGGGCAGGAAGACCUGGCGGCGCCGCGGCCAGCAGCCACCCCCGCCGCCGCCCCCGCCGCGGGCCGAGGCGGCCCCGGCAGCCGGGCAACCGGUGGAGAGCUUCCCUCUGGACUUCACGGCCGUGGAGGGCAACAUGGACAGCUUCAUGGCACAGGUCAAGAGCCUGGCGCAGUCCCUGUACCCCUGCUCGGCGCAGCAGCUCAACGAAGACCUGCGCCUGCACCUCCUGCUCAACACGUCGGUGACCUGCAACGACGGCAGCCCGGCCGGCUACUACCUGAAGGAAUCCAAGGGCAGCCGGCGAUGGCUACUCUUUCUGGAAGGAGGCUGGUACUGCUUCAACCGGGAGAACUGCGACUCCCGAUAUGACACCAUGCGGCGCCUUAUGAGCUCCAAGGACUGGCCCCGCACUCGCACAGGCACAGGGAUCCUGUCCUCCCAGCCAGAGGAGAACCCCCACUGGUGGAACGCCAACAUGGUCUUCAUCCCCUACUGCUCCAGCGAUGUGUGGAGUGGGGCUUCGUCCAAGUCUGAGAAGAACGAGUACGCCUUCAUGGGCACCCUCAUCAUCCGGGAGGUUGUGCGAGAGCUCCUGGGCAAAGGGCUGAGUGGGGCCAAGGUGCUGCUGCUGGCAGGGAGCAGCGCGGGGGGCACGGGGGUGCUGCUAAACGUGGACCGUGUGGCCGAGCAACUGGAGGAGCUGGGCUAUCCAGCCAUCCAGGUGCGGGGCCUGGCUGACUCUGGCUGGUUCCUGGACAACAAGCAGUACCGCCGCACAGACUGCAUCGACACCAUCACCUGCGCGCCCACGGAGGCCAUCCGCCGGGGCAUCAGGUACUGGAAUGGGGUGGUCCCGGAGCGCUGUCGGCGCCAGUUCAAGGAGGGCGAGGAAUGGAACUGCUUCUUUGGCUACAAAGUCUACCCAACUCUGCGCUGCCCAGUCUUCGUGGUGCAGUGGCUGUUUGACGAGGCCCAGCUGACUGUGGACAAUGUGCACCUCACGGGGCAGCCGGUGCAGGAGGGCCAGUGGCUGUAUAUCCAGAACCUGGGCCGUGAGCUGCGGAACACACUCAAGGAUGUGCCGGCCAGCUUUGCCCCCGCCUGCCUCUCUCACGAGAUCAUCAUCCGAAGCCACUGGACAGACGUCCAGGUGAAGGGGACCUCACUGCCCCGGGCGCUGCACUGCUGGGACCGAAGCCUCCACGACAGCCACAAGGCCAGCAAAGCCCCCCUGAAGGGCUGCCCCAUCCACCUCGUGGACAGCUGCCCCUGGCCCCACUGCAACCCCUCGUGCCCCACCAUCCGGGACCAGUUCACGGGGCAGGAGAUGAAUGUGGCCCAGUUCCUGAUGCACAUGGGCUUCGACGUGCAGACAGUGGCGCAGCAGCAGGGCCUGGAGCCCAGUAAACUGCUGGGGAUGCUGAGCAGUGGGAGCUAGGGCCCCUCGCCCCUGCCAUCUCUCCUCCAGGCCCUCCCGCUCUCCUAGGACCACAGGGCCCUGGCUGUCCCCGCCCUGGGUCUGGACGCCCUCCCUUGGCAACCUUCACUGUCUCUCCUACUGCCUCUGAGGGGCCCUAGCCAGAGAUGGUGGACCUGCCAUCAGCCUGGCUGUGGUCCUUGGCCCCCUCCCGCCCCUCCCUCCUGACAUCCCCCCAUCCCCAUCCCCUCAUUCCUAACCCCCCUCACUCCCUCCACCUCCAACCCAUGGUAGGGAGCCAGAAGCACUGGAUUCCUCAGCCUCCAGCCCAGAAGGCAUUCUCCCCCAUCCCAGCCCUCCAGCCUCUCCUGCCCUUUUGUAUUAUUUUAUAA